AUGUUCUUCUCACUUACAGAUAUCUACGGUGUCACUGUGAUGAAAGUUGCUGCUAUGGAAAACUGGGGACUUAUAACAGUUCGACAAAAACUACUGCUCAAUAACAGCACCAUCUCCACCUUGACUGAAACGCGGGUAACACAAAUCGUACUUGCACACGAAAUUGCUCAUCAGUGGUUCGGCAACUUGGUGACGAUGAAAUGGUGGGACGAUUUGUGGUUGAAUGAAGGUUUUGCAUCCAUGAUCGGACUCAAAGCCAAUGACAUCAUCGACAAAACACCGCUAAGUGGAGCCACGUUUAUAAUCUUAAUGGUUGAGCGCAUCGUUGGUGAAGAAGUUUUCCGUGAUGGUCUGCGUCUAUUCCUUAACAAGUUCAUGUACAAAAAUGUCGAUCACACGGACUUGCUGGCGGUGUUCGCGAGGGUUCACGGCGCUUCGAGUAGUAACGAGUAUUUGACCGGGCAGAACUUCACAUUGACAGAGGUGAUCGAGACGUGGAUAUACCAACAAGGAUUUCCUGUUUUGCAUGUGAAGAAACGAAGUGAUGGCAGAGUUGAAGUCACGCAGGAGAUUUACAGGCAUACUCCUGGUCAUAAACGAAGUGGUGCACAGUGGAAAGUUCCGCUUUUCCUGCGAGAUCCACGCACUCUGAAGCCGACGGUACAGUGGUUGGUGGAGAACGACAAGGCAAUUAUUGACCUCGGCACGGACGUCGUUUUGGAUCGAGAUGGGCGCAGCUUUAUCCGAGUUAGGUACGAUACUGGCUUAUACCUCGAAAUCACGGCACGGCUUCAUGCAGACGCCAACUGUAUUCCAGUUUCAGUGAGGACUCGCCUAAUGGACGAUUCAUUCACGUUGGCCGAAGUCGGGAAUCUUUCGUACCUGCAUGCACUGAACAUUUCGGUUUAUCUCAGGAAAGAGCGAGCAUACCCGCCUAUCAAGAUGUUGCACGCUCAUCUGGACUUCCUAGUGUCGCGUCUUACAGGUCACCCACAGUUCCGUAUAUUUCAGGACUUCAUCGUAACUAUCCUGGAGCCCUUAUUUGAAUAUUUCCGUCAAAAUCCUGUUCCGGACGAAGAGCUAAAGCUGCAUGAAGAGCUACUCAGUGACCUACGAGCCACAGUAUUCUCUCGGGUCUGUUUGAAUGGUUAUUCCAUCUGUGCCUCAUAUGCGCGAGCUCUUGUGAUGAAGUUAAUGGUGUCAUGUACCAACACAAUACUGAGCAAUCGAACAUGCAAUGUGAUUCCGCCGUACCUCCGUCAACCAGUCUACGCAACAGCUGUGAUGUACGGAGACGAAGAUAUUUUCGAAUUUCUGCAUUCGAAAUGGAACAUGGAGGUCUAUCAAACAGAGCGGGAGCGAAUAUGGAUAGCUCUAGGUGCCAGCAAGAAGAAGGAGCAUAUUCAUAGGUUCGAAAAGUUCGAGUGCUAA